ACGAAAUGGCGCAAUUCGUUGAGCGGCCUUGGAAAAAUUGGGGUGACGGUGUACAUGUACAACUCCGAAUAUCCUUCAAGCUUGAACCGUUAGACACAUGGGUAUCUUAUCCAGUCUUCAUAACUUACCAGAUUCCUUGCAUGCGCUAGAUUCACACCUAGAUUCUCUACGUGACAGACAAGCUCUUCUCCUCCACCAACUUGAACAAGUCAACGCAGAUAUAUCUAUGGCAGAAACCAAGCGCGCGCGGAUUAACAAUGAUAACGUGCUCAUAUCAAAGCUUCCUCCCGAACUACUUUCACAUAUCUUCUUAUCAUGCCAGAAAGAGUUCCAUGCCUUUCAAAUCAUCGCCUCUCAGGUAUGCAGUCGCUGGAGAGAGCUAGCAUACGGUACACCAAUGUUGUGGGCCGACAUUAGGAUACCCCUCGAACACUCUUCGCAUAUAUCAUCGCGUCAACACAAGUUGGAAACCUACCUCAGUCGUAGCGGUCCUUCGUGUCUUUUCGCCGCUCGCAUCCACAUUCAAUCAAACCUCGAUUUUUCCCCCUUUCUGAGCCUUAUCGCCUCUCACAUCUCACGAUGCUCCCAUCUUUCGAUUUCGGUAUUGAAGCAUCCGAAAGCCUGCCUGCUUUUGCGCGAGUAUUUAGAGUCUUUGCAGGCUUCUCAAUUGGAUUUUCUUGCUAUUCACGUCGACUGGGCAGACAGCGGUCCUUAUGACCGAAUCAUGAGCAAUGUACCUCUCAUUCUCAAAGGAGGAGCACCUUCAUUGACCUCUCUGCAGCUCACUGGGAUUGCUAGUGGUCUUCGACCCCCAAUCUCCAGUGGCAUCACAACUCUGCACCUGGACGGUGUAUACAUGUUGGAUCUUACUGUCUUCGACUAUAGGAACAUUCUGGCUGCUACGCCGUCUCUGGUUAAUCUUUCUCUCCGAGGACUGAAGAUAGACCAACCGGCAGCAGGGAUGAAAGAGUUGCAGACAUUGGAACUCCCUCAACUCCGAUCAUUGCGUUUUCGUGCAAAGGACACCGAUCAUCCUUUCACCUAUGCCAAUUCCUUGCUUACCGCAUUACCGCUAAAUCAGCUGGAAAACCUAGUCCUGUGUGAUAUGGAUAAACUAUGGUUAUUUGACUUUCCUAAUGUUAGAGAUCUCUCGCUAUAUGCAUGCAAUUUUGGGAUCAGCGACAUAGGGCAGUUGAUGUUAGCUUUCCCAUCCGUUGCAUCUCUGACGCUGGAAUCUGCGUCGCUCCUGUAUAUGGCCCUCAGUAUUGAAGGUAAACCUGUCUGGUGGCCUGAUCUGCGGGCGCUCUGUGUGCGCGAUCUGGCUAUUAAUGACGUCCCUAUUCUCUUAAGAAUGGUUCAACGACGUACGCAGAUGAAUCAUCCUGUCGAAAUGGUAAGCUUUGACAUUAGAAGUCGUCGUCGGGCAAGCAGCAUUCUCGGUACGCUUGAAGUCUGGACAAAGAUUUAUCGCAUUGGAGAUUAUCCAGAGCCAUGGCCCCCAGGAGUAAAUGUAGAUGUGAUAGAGGAUGAUCGCUUCUGGGAGAUCUAUUGAUCACAGGCUCGAUUGCACUUCCCGUCAUGUACAUAUCUCGCUUCUCACCAAUCCAAGUCAUACUUUUCCGUUAUGACUCGCCGGCUCACCAAUAUUCUAAUCUCAAGGUUUACUCAUUUUUCGUGAAAUGACCCGGAACCUCCGAGAUGAUCUCUGGACUCGAAGGCCAACUUUGAGCACUAUGUAGGCAGUGGUGACGGGAAAGUUACUUACAAAUUCAGUAAAUUUCCGGCGUGAACAGUGAGAUCCCCCUUAGUCACACC